AAACCGCAGACAUAUAUAGACCAUCUUCCCUCCUUCACUGCUCACAUCGCGUAUGAUGCUCUUGUGUUACGUUCUGUGUGUGGCAGCUGUGGUGGCAAAUGGAUACAACGUAAAGGGCAGCCGUGGAAACUACAAGUACAGUACGGCUGGGCAGGAAGUAGAAGGAAAGGCUGAUCAUGGCAACGAGGUGCGGGGUCAUUACUCAUACACAGACUCAAAGGGCGAGACACAACAUGUAGAGUACACUGCCGGUGUCAAUGGUUUUGUGCCAAGGAUAGUUACCAAGAACAAAUUACCAGAAGGAAAUAUUGAGACGCCGGUUCCAGCCACCAAACAAUACCGUGAAGGUACUUAUACUAUCAACAUAGACAAUAAAAACUUCAAACAUCAUCAAAUAAGAGGCCAUAACGGUAAUGCAUGGGGAAGUUUUGGUUACAAGAACAAAGGUAACAUUUUUCAAGCAGUGUAUAACACAGGAAAUGACAGAUAUAGAGAUACAUCUGCUGAAAAUAUUGAAGAUUUGAAUCAUGUUACUACUAUUCAUGACCAAAGUUUAAAAAUAACUGAGCCGGAAACGAAAACAAUAACUACAGCUCAAGAACUUGACCAACUUUCAUACUCUGAUGGUGAAAUGCAGAGUGUAGGUGAAUAUCAUAACGCCAGUAAUAUCAACACUUACUCACAGAAAGAUAAUUCUUCGACUAGUUUAAAGAAAAAAGAAAGUGAUGAUCAAGUUGGAAAUUUAAAUACUGUAGAUGAGCCCAACAAUUCAAAAGGAGCCUAUAUACUUAACGAAAAACAUGAUUUAUCCUUAAUAACUAAGAAUAAGGAAAUCAUUGAUGAAAAUAUUGAUAAUACACUGGUAGACACAAAGAUGGUGUUGACAAAUACAUCUCCAAGAAAUGAUCACAACAAUCUCAAAGUACCAGAUUCACCUGUAGAAUUAGAGAAGCAAGUAAAUGAUGAAAGUUCCAGCACCGCAGUUCCUUUUGAUGCUUCCUACAAAUUUGGAUUUUCUGUUGAUGGACAAGCAAGAAAUGAAGAGGCUGAUUCCAACGGAAAUGUUCAAGGAAACUAUUCUUACAUCGGCAGCGACGGUUUGUUAAACAUUGUUGAGUAUGAAGCUGGAGCUGGUAUAGGCUUUGUCAUAAAACGAAUUACGCAAAAAGAACUGGAACCCAAGAAAACUGUUGAGCAGUUAAAUGUUGAAAACCAUUCUACAAUAGUAGACAAUAAAAAUAACAAGCAUCAGGCAAUAUCUUCAGACAAAGGUGGGGGAAAUAAAAAUCUUCAAGCUGGAGCUGGCUUAAAUUUCAAUUCCCCUGAUGAAGAUGUUGAUAAACCUGUUUCACUACAAGUUGUAUUAGAUGUCGAUGGUAUUAGAAGAGCAACAGCAGUAAGUGAAGGAAACAAUAGAAAAACAAGUGUCAUGCACAAAAAAGUAGUAAAGCAUCCUUUAUAUGAAGGUGCAGAAAUACCUGACAAGGAAUUACAGAUAAUGCCGGAUGGCUCCUAUGCUUUUUCUUAUGAAAUAGGUGAUCAUUCCAGACAAGAAUCCGUUGACUCUAGAGGAAAUGUUCGCUCUAAUUAUCAAUUCAAAACAAAAGACAAGAAUGGCAAAACUGUAUUAGUUUCUGUGACAAAAACGGUCAUAGAUCCUGACAAUAAAUAUUUAGACAAAGAUGAAAUAAUAGACCAACAUUCCUCUAGUAACAAUCUCAAAAAUUCUUAUGUUUCUGAACAAACUAAGGAGGAAGAUGAAAUUCACUCAACUUCUGAUCAAAGCUCUCAAAACUCCAUGCUGCUCUCAACCAACAGGAAAAGGAACAUUAGAAGACAAGUCAAUCCCAACAUCAAAGCUACAAGAAUUUUGCGCAGGACUGUUCCAAGACACGAAUAUGAACACUCCAGUAAUUUAUUUCAUACACAAACCAUACAUCAACCAAGCAGUUAUGUAAAUAUAUGGAAGAACACUAAGAUGAUUGACAAUCCAUCAGGUGUACGUGAAAUGACAACACACAACAGUAAAACUAAAUUUGUGGAAACAAGACAACCCUUCAGAGGAUAUGUUAAAUACAAGAGAAAUACUGUUUUUACAGGUUCCAGGAGCUGAUGCAGGUAAUAGAUAAAGUAUUAAUAAAAAAAACAGUUUUCUUAUUUCCACUUCAGGUACUUGUCACAUACUGCCUAAAGACAUUAACUUGCUAUAAUUUCAUUAUGUACUAUGUACAGUGGUUAAAUAAAGUAAUUAAGUUUUUAAAACA